AUGGAAGGUUCGAGCGGAUUAUCUGUGUUAGUGCGCGUGAAGGUAGAGCCCGCCGAGCCAGAAGCGGAGCCCGAGCACCUGCCGCCCGGCGCGCCGCGAGCCGUAUACAUCAAAAACGAAGCACAGAAUGGACAUUAUUUAGACAGUCUGAAGGAGGCAGAGUGUGGCAGGCAAGAGAUGGAGUGUGUAUAUAAAGUCAAGGACGAUCCCUCAUGCUCCGGCAGUGAGUGUGGUGUGAGUGAGGCAGCCAUGCUGGCCGGGCUGGACAACCAUGGAGUGAAGGAUGAGGUUGCGCAGCCAGAGUUGGUGCCCUCACAGACAGCCUCAUGCUCCAGCAGUGAGUGUGGUGUGAGCGAGAUAGCCAUGCUGGCCGGCCUGUACAAAGACCAUGAUGUCAAGGAUGAGCUUGUUCUGGGACAGGAGUGUCAAUAUCGACCUGAUGUAACUCUCGUAGUUCAUGGUCGGGUUAGCUCUGUGCUCCGAGAUUGCUGCGUGACACUCGAACACCUCCCACACGUUGAGGCUCGCGCCAAGCGCCGCCAAGACACAACUCGUACUGACACGGAAUCUGAUACUGACAACUUAUAUGCUAGAGAGAAAGAACCGAUGUGUGAUCUUUGUGGUGAAAGCUUCAGCCUAAAGUCAGAUUUAUUGAAACAUGUCAUGGAUCAUAUCUACAGGCCUUCAAGCGCGGAGCAGGAAGGCAGAGGGUACAGUUAUGAAUUUGCUGUUCAAUGGACGCAAGAGCAGGAGCGUGCCUUGUGCCGCAAAUACGCUAUUCGGGACUGCUGCGUGCGCCUCGAACGCCUCCAACACCACGAGGCUCUAGCCGGCAACGACACCCAAUACAUAACUCAAACUGAAACGGAAUCUGACACAAAGGAAAAAGAUUUGCACUGA